AUGGAUGUACUUAAACGAAAACUAGUAUUCAAUGAAUCAAGAAAGAUAUUUCAGAAUCAAUCAAUAACUUCUAUUGAAAAUUUAUCAAAUGAAAUCUUUUAUGAAAUAUUUGACUAUUUUGAUGGUGGUGAAAUAGUUAAAAUAUUUUCUAAACAAAAUUCUCGUUUUGAACAAAUCCUUCAUUCUUCAUUAAUUUUAAUUAAAACACAUUUUUAUUUGUUUUAUUAUGAAGAAAUAAUGAAUAAAGAUCAUGAAUUAGAAAUAUUUUCAAAUAAAUUAUGUUCUAAUUUAAAAAUUUUAUUUAUUAAUUAUUCACAAAAUAUCAUUUUUCUUGAUGCUCAUCGAUGGGAACAAUUGAUUUUACAUUAUUAUCCUCAAUUAGAAAAAUUCUAUUUAACCUACUAUGAUGGUAUUAAUAAU